GAAAGAUCUUUUGGAGUUUGCUUUUUAUCUCCACAUUAUUUUUUGAACGACUUGCCCUCCCCGUACGGGGAUACCCGGCGACCAUGCCUACUGUGUCGCGAACGCUGGCUUCCCUUGGCGGGAUGACCGCCAGACGUACUACUAUCUCGAAGCUCCUCAAGGCCAAAACAAUAUCUUUCUUUGGCGGAGUGUGUCUUCUUAUCAACGGAAUGACUGGCCCUGGUGUGCCUUUCACUCCGGCUACAUUCCAACAAUCUGGCUGGUUUUUCCCUACGAUCCUCUUUAUAAUAUUUGGACUGGUCUCCGCUUUGAGUAUCCUCUUUAUUAUUGAGGCCAUGCAAGCGGUGCCGGGAAAUAAACACUUUCAGGGAACUGUAGAGUUUGCGACUCUGAUCAACUUUUAUUUUGGAGAUCUAGCCCAUUAUCUGGGACAAUUCCUGCUUUACGGCGCACUCCAAUCGAAUGCCAUGUCUGGUAUUGUGAUUAUGGCUCAGGCAUUUGAUAGCAUGAUAAUCGAUAUAUUCGGCAAGACCUGUGGAUUGGCUUUAAGUGGGCCAAAUCGUGGAUGGUUCUGCGUGGUGAGUAAUUCGACAGAGUUUCCUUCUCCAUUUGGAGAUACUUGGAUGCUCUUUACUGUGGGACUGUUGCUCGUCCUCAUAUUUGCCUUUCCGCUGGGGAUCGUCAACCUUGACGAUAACAUCAUUGCCCAAAUAAUUGCCUUUUGGUUAUCCAUUGCGAUUGGACUUGAGUGGAUUGGUGCCUCUUUUCACCAGGGUUUAGAACCCUCGAGAGUUCCAGCAUUUGGAAGCGACUAUGCCACUGUAGUCGGUACUAUCAUGCUGAAUUUGGCGUGUACGACGGUCGUUCCAUCGUGGGUGAAUAUUAAGAAACGAACAGUGAGCGCUCAGAGCGUUGUAUGGACUGCAAUCGCCAUUGCAACUGCUUUCUAUAUGCUGGUUGGACUCAUCCCCGCUCUCGGAUUCCAACUUGAUAGUUCGGGAAACAUCCUUCCAACUUUAAUGAAAUCCGGCAAGCUAAACAAGGCGUCCGCCUACCUUUUUUCGAUUGUUAUGCUUUUACCUGCCAUUCCGGUAAAUUUCAUUGUUGCUCAAAAUAACAUGGUGCAGAACAAAGUCGCCGGAAAACGGACGGCUAUCUUUUUGGCGCACGUUCUUCCGUGGUUUCUCUGUAUUCCGCUGCAAACAGGAAAUUCCAUGCAGGCUUUCAUUAACUGGACUUCCCUGUUCUUCGUCUCUACUGCCAAUUUCAUUAUCCCCUUUGUUAUUUAUCUGAAAUGCCUAAGAUUCCGAAGAGAGUACAACGAAAGUCGAAUCCUCACUGAAAAGCAAAAACUGCUGUUGAAAGAGAUACACUGGUCAUCGAGAACCAUCCACAAGUUUAUUGAUGAAAAGUCCGUCCGUGACUCUCUUGUCGCCCCUGGCGGCGAACGGCGACUGCCUCGAGAUCGGUCGGAACUAUCAAUGCGUGGAGCCAUUCCUCCCUUGGAAAUUGAGACCGCCGCACCUUCCGAUAUUGUAUUGCCAACAUUGAGCAUACCACCACCAAUAGCUGUAACGCUCUCUGAAGAUGCCGCUGCAGUCCAAGUACCAAUGCCAUCACCGAGCGGCUCAAUUCUCAAGAACCCUCUAGGAAGUAAAGGAACGACUUCUGGACGGAAAAAGUCGGUGAUGAUGGCGUUACCUGACGAGCACCCAGUGGAGGAACAUGAGGACUCGGCGACUCUUCCAAGAGCAUCUAACAUUCACUAUGAAGCGAUGGAUGAUGCCUCAGUGACUACGGCUUCCACCGCACCAACAGGGGAGGGUAUGCGCCCGUCCUCGGAGAUUCAGAGAGGCGUCACAGCAUCCACAGCAGGGCCAUGGACGGCCGUGCGAUUAUCGACUGAGCAGGUGCAGGUGGGCGGUGCAGAAGAAUAUUUAAAAGAUGAUGUUCCGGAUCCCGAUCUGGAACACAAAAUUGCGAGACGGGAAACACAUCAUCCAUCCUGGGACAUGGAGGGUGGGGGAGGUGUACGAGGAACAUUGAAACGGGCGAUGAAAAGCAUGAGAGCCGCGAGUCCCUCAAGAGCCGGUGCAUCCUACACAAGACCGGGGAAGGAUACGUUAACUCGAGUUGCAGAAUCGGCGGACGGGCGCGAUAUGAUGGCACCGCAGGAUGUUCCACUGGAGCCUAUCCACGGAGGAGAGGAGCCUGGUCCGGCGCCUUCACGGCGUGAAACAACGGGCAGCAAUGCAACAGAUAUUUCAGAUGGAGCAGAUUUACUUCGCAAGGCCACUCUUCCAGUACAUCCCCAGUACAUUAGUCCCACGUUCAGAAGUAUACCUACAUGGUUUCCUGUCCGGGGUCGCGUGGUGGCCUGGACGUUAUUGGUCAUAACAGGGGGCAUCAGCGUAUCCAAUAUCAUCAUUGCCAUUGUAGCUCGAAAGUAGGACCAGUGUUUCGGGACUGGGACUAUGAAUGAGAGGAAAAGGGCCUUUCAUGUGGCUGCCUUAUUUUGUACGAUACUCGUAAUCUGCCGUAGUGAUCUGUUGAUAGUCCAGAUUCUGUGGACCCUUUUCUCUUUGUAAUUGCUGUCACUAGCGUUCACUAUAUAUAUACUUUUUGUUUGUCUUUCUACCUCGA